AUGGCACCAGUUGAGGUUACAAGAAUAGAUCCUCCGUCCCCUCCUCGCCCGCCCAACCCACCUCCACCUAGUCCUGAGACCAAGAAAUAUACUUCUCUCUCGACGGUCCAGUCCCGAAGCCGACAAGAUCCGCCAUCUCCACCUCGUGCGCCACCACCGAGUCCCACAAAAGCCAUGAUUAGUAGACCUACGACCCCGACUUCGCAAUCGAGUUCCGAAUCGUCUGAUUCUUUUCCAAGGCUUGUCGAGUUGACAAUGACUCUGGGCGAUGUUCUCGACCUUACCCCGAUCCAAACAAGUAGACGGGACAGUUAUUUAUAUUGCGAAGAUGAUAUGUCUGUCCCUGGGUCACCACCACCCCUUGAAUUUUCGACGCCAAAACCGAAACCAAACUGUAAAAGGCGAGCGGAGGACCCGAAAGACUACGAAAUUUUUGGUCCUUGCUUAACUGAAACCUCUGCAUCAGACUACAAACGGCGUAAAGCGAUCGACCUUGGCGACAAUAUUAUUUUCCUACCGUCAGAUCCUCCUAACAGUCGAACCCAGAAUAAAGAUUUCUUUAGUUCCCUCUUCUCAAGUGGCCAGCUACACGAUACAGGAUUGCUACAUGAACAUAUCCACGGUGUUCAGAGCUGUGCAUAG